AUGAAGGUCUUUGGAUUCUUGACCGCCUUGCUGGCAACAGCCAGAGCUCUUGCGGCCAUCUCCCCCGAAGAGAAGCAAGAAUGGGAAAGCUGCACCGACGACCUGAUAUACGCUUACAAUCACGGCGCCGCCAGAGUCGAGAAGCCGUGCGUUUUCUGGGAGUGCCUUGACACAAACACCAACAAGUACCCCCGCGGCGGCGGCAUCACCGCCCCCCCAACAUUAUCAGCAGCGUUAGCCUUGCCAUUAUCCAGUGGCUAG